AUGAACUACGGUGGGAAUAUGCCAGAUUGGCACCAGUUUAAUGCCUCACAAACAAAUGAAGUAACACCUGCUACACAAAAUGUUAAUUCUGGUCAUUUGGCAUUCAUUCCUGGUGUUAGCCCACCAACAUUGAAUGCACAUAGUUUUAGCUCUGAAGGUCUUAAUAAACAUCAACAUGAUUCUAAUUUUAAUCCAAGAAACUUUCAGUCGUUUAACAAUGUUUCCAAUGGCACAAACAUUUCGAACAACAGUCCUCUUGCAUCCAUGGUGCAAAUGCAAAAUUGUAUUGGGCACUACAGCUCUCCAAAUACAAGAAAUCCUAUGCUAGAUAACUUAAACCCUACUGUUGAUCCAAGAAAUAAUACAAUUGGGAAUAUAAACAAUGAGUUAGGAUAUAGAAGUAAUCAGGUGUCUUUCAACGGCCCUAUAAGUCACCUAAAUGGACCAACUUGUAACCUAAGCACAUCAUCUGGGCCUGUGUCUGGACUUGGAUCUAGAACUAAUUCUGGACCAGGACCUGGAACUAGUCCUGGGAAUGGAAGUGGACCUGGGACUGGUCCUAUAUUUGGGCCUGGUCCUAGGCAUGGGCCUGUAUCUGGAACAGCAUCAGGAUCAGGUUCAGUGCCUACAACUAUGGGACCAAGAAAUACUAAUAUUGGUUCGGUACACGCUGGGAAACCUGGACCUCCCGCGUUUAUGCCCUGUAAGGGGAUGUGCUGUAAUUCAGAUGCUAAUAUCAACUAUCAACAGUGGGAAAAGUUUGGACCUUAUCAGAAUAAUACACCAUACAGAGAUAAUGCACAUCCGUCCAACUACCAAACAGACAACAGGCAUUUUGGAAAUAAUUGUAACUUUAGGAAAGAAAAUCUAGAUGGCAAAGAAACAAUGGGAUCCGUAAUGCCCAGCACACCUGUUGUAGAUCACAGAAGAAAUUUUACCGAUUACAAGUACCAUAAAGAUCAUUUAUUACAUAGAAAUUAUUCAACAUCCACAGGACUGUUUCCUAAUUAUCCCACGCAAAAUUACAAUUACUCGACAGAGCAACAAACAUAUCCUUAUCCAGUAAAAGAGCAUUCAAAGACGAGUAAUAUUAGUAUUCCGAAUUCAGGAAUGUUGAAGCAUCCGGAACAAAAUUUUGUUGCUCAACAGAAGUAUAAUAAUAAACAGUAUCAGUAUCAAAACAGAAACAUGUUACCUAAAGGAGUGCCUGCCUUAAAUGUUAGCGGCAAUAUGGUAUCAUCACCACAGAAUGCUUACUUCAAUUCGCAAUUCUCCAGAAACAUUCCAGCAGAGAUGUCUCCUGAAUGUCAAGAAAUUAAUGCUGAUAAUACUACAGUAUCUAAUAGAAUAGCAGGUGCUUUUGUGCACAGCUCCCCUUCUCAACAUCAAACGUACCAACAUAAAAUGGCAAUGCAAAAAUUUUCAAUGGAAAAUCAUCUCAGAGAGUUGAGUAGAAUACCUGGAUAUCAAUCACAUCCAAAGUACAAAGAAUACGUUAUGAGGUAUAGGGAGAUACUGAAGUUACAGCAAUCAACUGGUUACCAAAAUCACGUUCAACAAACUUCGCGAGUCUCAACGCCAAUUAAUACCGCAGUACCACCGAUUAAUUUACAAUUCGAUCAAAAUGGCAUGUUGAUAAACUCUAAUUAUUUGCCAAAUGGCAUUCCUAAAUUACAACAUGCAUCACCUGCAGAACAAUCGUCAGAGACUAUGGAGAAACAAAUUAAAGAUCAAGCUAUUGCUAUAGCAAAUGAAAAGUGUCAACAAACACAGCAGCAAGAACAAUUAAUGAUUCCCUCGCAAAGUGAACAAGUUCCUUCCACAUGCAUAGAAAGCUUUCAGAAGCAAAGCUUUCAACAGGACUUUAAUCAAAAUCAGUUGAAAGUACAAACAAGCGACAGUCAUAGUUUUGAUACUUUAAAUACUGAUAACAGUAAGAAAACAAUGAUACAGCAGAAACCUUCUAAAGAAUUCGCUAACAAACCGGAGCUCGAUGUGCGACAGUUUCUAGCAAAUUGGGAUGAAACUGAUGAGGAAGACGGAGCAACGUCAAACUUGCCAGACGCGGUUUUAAACGAAACAACGCCGGUCGUAGUCGUAAGCUACGAAAAUGUAGAUCUCUCGUCGAAAACAUCACUGAACAGAGAUCUGUCUAGGAAAAACAGUUUUUCCUCAAACGAUACCACAUUGGACAACGGUAACGAGGCUGAAGCAAGCAUGAUAACGCAAGAUUGUUUAACGAUAUCAUAUUCAUCUUCAGAUGCUAAUGAUAUUACCAAAACUACUAAACGAACUAUAGGAGAAGGUGUGGUAAAGCCUGGAAGUAUCAUACAUUGUAUAAGUAAUGGCCCUGACGAGAUACCUACGAUACAUAUUGUAGAUAAUUUAGAAAUAAGCAACAUUUUAGGAGCAUCCAGCGACCAAGUUAUAGAAACUUUAGAAAAGCAAAAGACAGUACCAUUCUUCAAAGAAGUAACUAAUAACGAAACAGAAGAAAUCAUUCUUGAGACUGCUGAACAGAAUGACAAGGAUGAACCUCAUAGAUUACCUGCUGGCUAUGAUGAUGUAGCCAAGAAUACCAAUAUCGAGAAUUCCAACGUUUCAGAGACAAUUCAAACAACUACUGUUCCCAUAAAUAAUCAAGGACUGAGAGUUUUAUCAGCUGCGGUAAAGAAUAAUCUGGACGUUACGGAUGAGUUGAAAAAACAAAACAGUUUUGCCAGCGAAGAAUCACAUAAUCCCGAUGAUAUCAGUUUACCGGAUCUCCCAACAUCCGAGUGUACACCAAUUUCCACAACAUUGAACACACCUAUUCACUCUGAUAGCGAAGAAUCUUCGCAAAACAUGGAAGAUUUAUCUAUAUCUACAAAUCCAAUAGAGGUAAUGCAAAACAGUCCGGUAAUUAGCUUCACACAGUCCCCUGUUAAAAUUGAACCAUACGAGCAACUGAACAGCGAAGACAAACUUAAGAAUAAAUCACUUGGUAUGCUAGAAUUGGAACUUCAGAAGCAAAAUUGUUAUACAAGUGACAGUAGCAGUACCCAGGAGCAAGAUACAAGUCUGAGUAACUUUGACUUUUCUACUGAAAACUGUAAACCAAUAUCCACUGAUUUAGCCGAAGACAAGCAAAUCAAGUGUCUUGAAACUAAUUUGGCAAGGGAAAAAGUGUUCUUAGUAGAAGGUAAAGAAAGUAAUGCAAGAGUUUCAGAUACAUGUGCUGUAUUAACAUCAAUUGCAUACGAACUGGAAGUGCAACAGAAAGCGAUGGAAAACGAAAAGAAUGUAGAAGAUGAAUCUCCUAACUCCACACUGGAAGGCAAACAGAAGAGCAGAGGAAGAUCAACAGAUUCAGUGAAAUCGGCAAUUCAAACUAAUAACUCAUUAGCAGAUGCAGAUAAGGCUGUGCAUGUUGUGAUUUCAACUGGUUCUAAUGCAAAUUUAGUAAAUUCUACAGGCUCGGACGAUGAAACUCAAUCAUCGAAACAUGAAGAACUAACCAAGAAGCAAAAAGUAAAUAAUAUCAAUGUAUCCAUUAACACUAUCAAUCCUAAUCUUGCAAAAACUGAUUUAAACACAAGGAAACGGGUAAAGGAGAACAUAGGAUUGACAGAUAAAUGUAUAGAUAGAAAUGCGAGUGGCGAUAAGUUAAUGCAAGCUCAGAAAAAAGACGUGGACGGUUUAAUGUUAUCGAAACACUCUGACAUCAAAAGAUUAGUUAGAGUUGAUUCAGUCUCGUCUCAAGAAGAAGAACAAGCUGUGUGCCAUAUGACUUCUCAAUACAAAAAUUAUUCUAUUGCUGUGAUAAAAGAUAACGUUAUUUUAAGUGAUAAGAAAUCACCCGGCACCACGGAGAAAACUGUGAACGUUUGUUACGAAAAGCCACUUGAAUUUCGAUUAAAAACAAACUGUACCAAAGAGCUUUCUGAUGAAGUAGAAAUGAAAAAACAUUCCGAAGGUUGUAAGAUGUCUGAAUUAGUACAAAAAGAUCUGGAUACUGUGGAUGGAGACAUUAGGUACGUCUCAGGCGAAGUACGUCAAUUAAGUGAAUCCAACAGAAAGAAACACAAGCUGCAUCAAGACAAAAAUACAGAAGAAAAGUUGCAGAAGUAUUCACAAAUUAGAGAAAACAGAAGUGAACUGUUAGCUGUGCAUAAAAUAUCUUUAGAACAAAAUGUGUUAUCUCCAGAUAAUCUAAGUUCAGACAAUUUGGAUGUAUCGGAAGAAGUAAAAAGGCUUAAAUAUGUAAAAAGCUUUAUUAUGAAUACUAAUUCUGAUCGUGGAGUUCAAGUUGCAGACUUAAAAAUCAAAGAUAGUGAGCUUAGGAAGGAAUUGAUCUUGGAAAACCAAGGACCGGAAUACAUCAAAGAUACCUUGGAUGGUAUAAAAAUUCAAAUAAACGUUUCGUGUACAGACAGAAAUUUUAAGGGACAAGAUCAGAAUAAACAGUUUUUGUACGAAAUCGGUGAUACUUCUAGCAAUUUGUUGGAUAGUCAACGUCGAAUACAUUCUACUGAACACAAAACAGUAGAAUAUUUUGACAAAGUUCAUGAAAUGAUUGAGAAGUCUCCUGUGGUUAGGGACACUACAAUUAAUAAAACUAUUAAAAUUACGAAUGAUGCGGCCACAUCAGUUGCAAAUACAAAUAUGAGUACCACGCUCAGAAGCAGUGGAAAGAAUUCGUUAGAAGCAAAUGAUGAUGCUUUAUCAUCUAUUACUUCCAAAGAAAUAGGUAAUCCGGCUUUAGAAAGUCAGACUGUUACUAAAUUAUUACAUAAUAAUGGAUCAUGUAGGGAUGUAUUCAAAGCAGAUGCAGUGGAGGAUGCUAAUUAUUCUUUUAAUGUUGAUACAGCCAAGACAAACAGUGCAAUAUCUAAUACUGCCAUAGUUGAUGCAAGUAACAAGAUGUUAGUUAAGGCAAAAAAUAAGUUCGAAGGAGAAGAAAAGUUUAUGAACACAGAAGGCGAUCAUACAGUUAGAACGCAGAACGAAAGUGCGAAUUUCGCAGAAUGUUCGUCGCGAACCAUAGUAGAAGCAUGUAAAAUCAAUGAUGAUGCGGUCGACAGAGUAUCUCGUAUAUUGAAAAAUUUGAAGAAACUACCAGAUACUAAUCUUGUAGAAUUACAUUCGAAAUCAUUAAGCUCCUUAAGUACUCUAGAUUUUAAUUUGGACAAACUGGAGUAUGAGAAGUGUUCAGGGGUAAAAACUGACGAGUUAGAUGAUAAUUAUAUGGGGAAGUGGAAGAAGCCAAAGACCGAUCAUAUUUUUGAAGACUGUGACAUGUUCCAAAGUACCAGCGGGUACAUAAAUCCUAUUUUCUCAAACAUAGAUGAACUGGAGGAUUUACACACAGUUCCUGUAUAUACUACCAAAGAUGGGAAAAUAUCUUAUAGUCCUAAUCGAAGGUUCACGUAUCACGAAUUAAUGAUGGAAGCUCGUAGGCGGGAAAUAUCUUCUAUACGGAAAUCUCACCAUACAGAAUCUUGGAACAGUUAUUACAGUUCUAUGUUUCGCGAGCUCUGCAAAAAGAAACGGCAUCAUGGUCUAAACGAGAAGAAGAAACAUGAAUAUAAAAAUACGAAGUAUCUGUUUGAACGGAAGAGAAAUUAUUCGAACGAUUUUUCUGGAAAAAAUUCUGUAAAGUGCAAGGCCUAUAUGCACAGCAUUAAAAAUAAUAAUGCUGCUUGGUCCAACCAUUGCAGAACGUACAGGGUAUACAGUAACAGUGAUUCUGAUGAGGAAAUUAUAAUUCGUAAUGAAAAUCACGUUGCCGAAACAAAUAAUUACGGGAAAAAUUAUGCUAUAGAGAAUAAAACUGUUACAGCUACUUCCAAAACACAUAAACGUGAAGUAACUGCAGAGGACCUAGAGCUAGAAAACAUCAAUAGAAGAAUAGGUGAAAAUCUUAAAUCUGAUGUAAGUGAAAUCCCAAUGCCAGAUAAAUCUUGUGAUGUUAUUUCAAAAAACAUUCAGCCUUGUGAAGAUAAAAAUUUAAAUAAACACUGUGGAUGGCCAGAAAUCAAGGAAAUUGAUGAUGCAAGUGUACAUAACAAUGAUGAAAAGGGGAUAAGUAUUAAAGAAAAUCAAAUAUCGUGUCCACCUAUUUUUGAAGAAACAAAAGAUAAUGAAAUACAUGUUCCAGAAGGUCCUGUACCAUUGAAAAAUGAGAAACAGGAAUGCAGCGUAAUGGCAUUGAAUAAUCAAAAUUCUCUUUCAAAAAUUGAAGAUACUUUCAAGAAUAUGGAUCGCACCGAAACUUGUAAAGUUUUGAAAAUAAAUCAGAGUGAUAAAUCGGUGUAUAAAACUGAUAAAAGUGACAUGUCUCAACAGAAAUUAAAAGAUAUUUUCGAACCUGAACUAUCUAAAAAUAUGUCUAGUGAAAUCGAGGAUGAAUUGCUUAAGAAUAAUAAUAGUGCAACGCAUGAGAAAAAGUUUGUAAAAUCUGCUGAUAUUAUUGUACAGAGCAAAACAGUAAUUGGUCAAAAUAUGAAAACUACUGAAUCUUUGAGGCUCAGAAAGAAUGAUGUACAAAAAGAGAGUUCAGGGAAGAAUGAUGUUACCUACGUCAACCAAGAGGAAUACGAAUCUCAAGUGGCACAGAUAGAUACAACAAUUAAUCAUCGAAGUGUACAAUGUAGUAAUGUUAAAGAAAUUCGAUAUAAUGAAAGUGUUAAUAUCAACUCUACACAAGCAAAUGAUAGAACGAUUAUAAACUGUAAUGGAUCAGCUUUCACAGAUCUUUCAAAAGCUACUGUUCAUAUUGAAAAAGACAAUACCACUAACAAUUCAGUGACAUCUCUUAGAAAUAAAGUGGACGUUAUUUUACCAGGUAUAAAAGAAAACCCAACUGAAGAAUCAAUGAUACCUGGUGAAGAUUCAAAGGAAUGUUCAAGUGCAAGUUGUCCUGAUGAACUUCAAAGUGAACAUGAAUCUAAUCUUAAUUGCGGGUCAUCAGUAGAGGUGGAAAUGCCUGUUUUGAGCAUGCAUUGCGCUACAAAAAGUUCUCCAACUGAAACUCCUGUAAAUAAGAAAAUAAACAUUGGAGAAGAGAAAAAAAAGGAACAGAGCGAGUUAUCUUUCCUUGAUUCUUACAGAAGUUCAAAUGACUUAUCAGAGAGUAACACAGAUAUAAAAGGAAUACCUAAACUCGUCAUAAAGAAAACUGAUACUUUAAAUUCAAAGUCAGAAUGUUUAUUGGAUUGUACGGAAUCGGAAAGUCCUUUCGAUAAAUAUGACGCAAAACCAUUAUCCGAUCUACGUCCGAAAAUACCAAAAAUGGUAAUCAUCAAGAGCAAAUCACGUUCUGCAACACCUACUACCGAAAUAUUAGAAAAACCUAAAUCUGAAAAAACACAGACUCUUUUGCCAGAGCAGAAUGAUACGGAUAUGGAUGUGGAGACCAGCGAUGCCGAAUUGUAUAUGUUAAAAUACAAGAAUUACGAAGGCAAAGUUCCAAAAGUAAAGAUAAAAUUGGAGGAUAUUUCUUCCAAGGACUUAAAGCUAUACUUGAAGCGAAAGGCUACUAAGAGCAUUUCAAAAGUGAAGAUGAAAAAAAUUAGAACUCAAAAGUCCAAGAAUCCUACAAAGUAUGAAACAGAAGAUAGUUCUGAGAUAGAAAUUAGUGAUUCAGAGAACGAUGAGAAAAUUCAACAGGAGUCACUAUCUACUGAAUCUGAGAAAAUACCAAAAUCGAAAUUAAGGAGGCAAGAUGAAAACCAAGCUUUAUCGCCUAAAAAAUCCAAGGAACAGGAUACAAAUAUUUCGAAACCAAUUCUAAAAAAACCUAAGAAAAUAAAAGAAGAAGACACAACUCAGUUAAAGAAUGGUGAGAUACGAAAAAAAUUUCCGCAGUGUAUUAUUGAAAAAAUUCCUAAGGUUAUAAUAAAAAGAACACAAAUUGGCACAGAAUUCAAAUGUGAAAUUAGUAAAAAUAAGAAGACUCCGGGUAUUGAUACAUCAAAGUGGCAACCAAGAGUGAAAUUGCAAAGACUGAAAGUUCUGGAUCAUAUGGCAAAGGAUAUAAAGCAAUCGAACCUUGGGUUAAAUGAUGAAUCACAUAUUAAAGAUUCUAUUAACAAGAAAGAUUCUGCUCGUGAUAGUAAAGUCAAAUUAUGUAGAUCUAGUUCAGCAUCCAAUUUGUCACCUGUUAAGUGUAAGCAGAGAAGAUUAUCUGACCCUAAUUACAUAAAAAUGGAUGUAAAAUCCACUGAUUUUAUUAAUAUUAUUUCAAGAGAUAGUAAGCAUAAACCACUGGACACUAAUGAAAUACCUAAUCUCAAAGUAGUUGAUAGCGAAAACAAAAGUUUGAAACGGAAGGGUAAGAAAAGUAUAUCAUCUGAAAGUAAGAGAAUAAAUAAUAGUCUGAAUGAUGAAAGUGAAAAUGAAAUGGAAAAAACGAAUAAAUCCAAGAAUGCUACAGAGAAAUCUUUCAAUAAUGUUUUGACGAACGAAGACAAUGAUUUAUUGAUUGAAAAAAAGGGAUACUCAUCUUUUGGGACCAAGGAAAGUGAAUCAUCGAUAGAAGACAAAUACCUACUGUGUGGUAUUCUGCAUUCACGUAAUCUUGAUGAUAAUGAUAUUUCCAUUAUUAAAGUUGAUUCUUCAGAUGAAAGCCAAACCACUAUAGAAUUUCUACCAGCAUCUCCUGACAGCGGUGAAGAAGAAUCAAAAAACCGUGAAUUUGAAUGUACAAAUAGAAUAGAUUUAGAAGAUGCCAUACCAACACAAUUGGAACUUGAAUUAGACCUUAUUGAUAAUAAUGGUACACAACUUUCAGAUGUGCCUGCUGACAAAUAUAAUCAUGUUUCGCGUUUGAAAAAGGAAAACAUCAACGAAAGAUUAACAAAUACAUUUUUCAAUGACUUUCAACAUUCUUCACAGGAUACCUUUAAAAACGAAAUGCAAAGUCCGAAAAGGAAAUCAAAUGAUUAUUUUUCUUCUACUGACUUGUUAGUUAAGGAAGUCUUAGCUGCUAAGGAGACACUGAAGAAAUGUCUAACUCGAUCUAAGGAUGACAACGCGGAAAAGAGCAUAUUGAGAACCAAAACAGUAGCAGAAAAGAAACAAGGUUUAUGUUUCAACUUUAAAGAUCUUGAAAAUUACAAACUUGAAGAUGCAGGGUCUACAUGCACAGUAGAAAAAGAAUACCAAUCGGAUCCACAAUUGGACAUUGAAAAGGCUGAAGGAAGUCAUUCCAAGCAAGACCAACAUUCCUGUAUGGGGCAAGACAUUAAAUUGAAGGAAUCACAAGAAGAAAUAACUUACUCUGUAGAUUAUCCUACUGCUUCUACGUGUGGGUAUACCAGUGUACCUGAAUCAAUUACAAUUUCUUUAAAAGCCACUAAGAAAUAUGGUGAAAUUACAAUAAAUGAAGGAUCUUUAAAUAUAGCGACUAAUACAUUCAAUCCAUCUAACAAUCUCAGUAGUAUAGAGGAUACAACAAAGCUUCAUGAAGAAAAAUCUGAAAAGAAAACAAUAAGUAGUACUCAAAAUCCAAAAGAUAAUGACAGUUCAAAUGAGACAAAGACAAAAGAAGAUAAUAUGCCAUUAUUAGUGCCAGAGUUUGCUUUACAUUUUGAUUCCAGUUCAGAUAGAGAUAGUUCUAGAUCACCACCUGUUAUUACAAAUCAAGAAGAGAGUGACAAUGUGACGGAGGAUCCAAAAGACACAAAGGAUAAAGUAAUAACUUCAACUGAGAAAAUAGAGGAGAACGUCAAACAUUCCUAUAAAGACUGUGAAAUGACCAUAGCUGAUAUUAUGACACAACUAGCUUACCAUGAAAAGGCAACAAUAAAGCAUCGAAGAUACUGCAAUUUGUGUGAAAGAUGGUUCCCUACAACGUCGCGACACAGGCGACACUUAGCUGGUUAUCAACACCGUUACAUGGAAUUAACACAGCGUAAGAGUAUUCACGCGCUUUUCAUUCUGUUCACUGGUAGGCCUUGUCCAAGGCUUCUACCAGCGAACGUCAUUCGCAACGAUUGUUGCAUAGGAGAAUUAACGCCUUUACAAAUUGCUGUUCAGGAUGUGGCAAACUACGUGGAACCCACCGAAAAUCUUAAAACAAUAGAAUGAUUACAGUUAAUCACUGCAAAUUAUUAUGGCUGCGUACAUAUGUUUCCUGUGAUCGCCUAUAG